GGGGCUGCAGUUACGUCACUCAUCACCUACCCUUCGGAGCUGCGCAGUUUCAAACCGUCACCUGCGGACAAACUGAACAUCACGAUGGAAGCUCCGCCGCCUAAGUUCUUCAAAAUGCUUUGCUCUUUCAAGGUUUCUCAUUUUCAGGCCAUCCUGCCAGGGAUCAUUGGAAUAACCGGAAUCGUUGUCCUGUUUUUAAUGUACUUUAAAUCGCCUCCACUCAGUAUAUGCCACAUUCCACCUGCUCAAUCAGGACAAAUUAAAAUACACAGUGACAACAAAUUAGCAGAGCAGCAGCUGCAAUAUAAACCUUUAAUGCUGCUGUGGUUCUGGCCCGAAAACAAGCAGUUUGAUUUUAACGUGUGUAAGAAGAUUUUCAAGCCGGUCAGAUGUCAGCUCACCGAUGACAGAUCUUUGUACUCCAAAGCUGAGGUUGUUGUGAUGUUUCACCGAGCUAUUGAAGAAAAUAUGACAAACCUACCUGCGUUAGCCAGACCCAGAAUUCAGAGGUGGAUCUGGUUCAACACCGACCCAAAAAACGGCACACGCAGGAUACCGGGUAUCGAACGCCUUUUCAACUUGACUUUGACCUACAGGAAGGAUGGAGAUAUCCGUGUGCAGUGGCAACUGAGUGCCAGGAAGAGCACAGACAAAGAUUUUGUGCUGCCCCCAAAGGAGAGAUUUCUCUGCUGGAUUGUGGAGAAGAAGAAGCUCGACACGGGAUCAGGGGAGAGAAACCGAUACUACAGAGAGCUCAUCAAACACAUUCCGGUGGAUGUCUUUGACCGCGCGUCCCUCAGUGAUGACGACUACUUUCAAACAAUUAGCAGCUGUAAAUUUUACCUUUCCUUUGAGAAAUCAGAUGAUAAAGAUUAUAUUACAGAAACAUUCAACGGGCCUCUUGCAGUCGGCACUGUGCCGAUAGUUUUGGGGCCACCGAGGAAAAACUAUGAGGAGUUUUUUCCAGGCACUUCAUUCAUACACGUUAAUGACUUUUCUGAUGCUAAAACGAUGGCUGAUUUCAUCUCGAGAAUGGUUGAUAAUGAUGAGACUUACAUGAGGUACUUUGGUUGGCGCAAAUCCUAUGUUGCUCGACGUCAUCUUACUCAAGACAAAUAUGAGUUUGCACGUGCAAUCUGUCAGGCCUGUAACCAUGUGGGCGUUUACAGGGAGUACAGAGUUGUUCCUGACAUAUACAAGUGGUACUUUAUUUGAUACUUGAAUCGAUGCAGUGCUCAUUACCAUCACUGCCUCAGCCAACAAGGUAAUGUUUUUGACCCUAUCUGUCUGCCUAUUCGCAGAAGUAAGAAAUUUUAAUUUUCAUUAAAAUUGGUGGAGGGAUGGGGCCUGGACCAAGGAAAAGCCUGUUAAAUUUUGGUAAGGAUCAACAGGCUGGAUCCAGGAAUCUUUUUUCUUUGUUAGCUUUGCUUGAUUGGAACAGAGAAAAUUUUAAACUAAUUUUGAAUGUUCUGUGUGCCUUGGUGGCUUCCUUCAAUAGGUUUGAAAAUUGUGUGUGGCGAUGGCUGUUCUCUGUGUGCGUGCAUGAGCGGAAGUAAGUGCAAAUGCGUGUUUCUACAGUUAACGUGUAUUAUGCCAUUUUAUACAUUGUUUAAUACCACUAUAUUCCCCUUCUGUGCAUGUUCGAAUAUUUUGUGGAUAGUCGUAGAAGUUAAUAAGACACCUGGGACCGUGUAAUUAGUAGUUUAGGAGCUGUAAUCUUCAACCAUAGCUGUAAUCCAUGUGGUAGAUGCUAUCCUGUAGAUAUUUACUCCUUUUACAGUGGUUACAUAAGGUUAUAAACCCCUGUGCUGCGCUACAGACACAAGGUGUGAGGCUAUUAUGCACCUGGCACGAGCUGUGUGCCGCCAUCACGUGUCCUUCUCCCAUAUGAUGUAAUUGCGGUGAAACUGCUUUGAUCUGAGUACCCCAUUGUAAACAGGGGACAAAGCGUGUCUAAGACCCCCUCCCCGGUUAAGGCUGGGUUUCAACUGUUUCACAUAGAAUGCCUCUUUCACCCCUCUCU